AUGCGAUUAGUUACGGGUCUUUUUUAUUUUUAUUUCAAAAUCCACCCGAGUCGUGAAAGUCGAUCGUUUGAUAUAUUUGCCGGACGCACCGCGAGAAGAUUAAAUAAAGUGCCUUUGCGAUCUGCCAACUGCAGCAGUUACCUCCCAUCUCUUUUCUGUAAGCAACUAGGCGAUGAAACAGCAGUGGAACAUGGUGAUAACCGCUACUACCGUGGUAUUAGUCACUGCGGUCGUCCGUUGCGCGGCCGGUUACGACAUACUGGCGAUAUUCCCGUUUAG